AUGGUUGAAAAGAUUCUCGUCACUGGUGGAGCAGGCUACAUUGGCAGUCACUGUGUGGUGGAGCUGAUUGAAGCCGGCUUUGAGCCAGUAGUCGUGGAUAAUUUCAGUAAUGCAGUGCGAGAAGGAGAGCGGGAUAGGCCAGAGAGCAUAAACAGGAUAGAGAAGCUUCUGGACACCCACAUUGAAUUUCAAGAGCUGGACCUUCUUGACCGGCCUGGCUUGGAGAAACUUUUCAAGAAGCAUUCCUUCAGUGCUGUGAUACACUUUGCUGGUCUGAAAGCUGUUGGGGAAUCAGUGGAGAAGCCUUUACACUACUACAGGGUCAACCUCACUGCAUCAAUCAAUCUUAUAGAGGUGAUGCAGAGUCACAACGUCCGCAAUCUGGUCUUCAGCAGUUCGGCCACAGUGUACGGAGACCCGCAACAUCUGCCUAUAGACGAGGAGCACCCGGUGGGAGGCUGCACCAACCCCUACGGCAAGACCAAGUACUUUAUCGAAGAGAUGAUCAAGGACCAUUGUAAAGCCGAGAAGGACUGGAAUGCUGUGCUGCUGCGCUAUUUCAACCCAAUUGGAGCACAUUCCUCUGGACUUAUUGGAGAGGAUCCUCAGGGAAUCCCAAAUAACCUCCUUCCGUAUGUUGCCCAGGUCGCUAUUGGGAGAAGAAAGUGCCUCAGUGUGUUUGGUAACGACUAUGAUACUCUGGAUGGAACUGGUGUCCGUGAUUAUAUCCAUGUUGUAGAUCUCGCCAAGGGGCAUACAGCAGCUUUGAAGAGGCUGAAGGAUAAUUGUGGGUGCAAGGUUUAUAAUUUGGGUACAGGCACCGGUUACUCUGUGCUCCAGAUGGUCAAAGCUAUGGAAAAAGCAUCCGGCAAAGAGAUUGCAUAUAAGAUUGCUCCGCGAAGAAGUGGAGACAUUGCUUCCUGUUAUGCAGAUCCUCGUCAGGCUGAAAAGGAGCUGGGCUGGAAAGCUCAAUUUGACCUGGAAAUCAUGUGUAAGAGAUUCAAAGAAGACAAUUGA